AUUAAAAUAUACGAAAAAAAACUUCGCCAUCGUCAAGUAAUACGUCAACCUUAAAACAAACACACAUAUUCCCAUACGCACACAGCCAAUCGUCAAAGUGUGUAAAGAAGAAUGAUGACAAAAGAGACAUUUAUUUGGAAAUAAAUUGUAAACAAAAAAUUGGUUUCGCUGGACCAAUCAUACCCGAAACAGACAAUGAAAGGGAAUUAAAUAAGUCACAAUUAAGGAGCACUAUAUAACGUUUAUUUUGUCUUGUCUCUUUUUUUUUUGUCAUCGUCUCGAAUAGGUGUCUCAACAGAGUUACCAUAUUAAACUGAAAACAACAACAAGAACUACGCUGUUGUGUUGUAACAAAAUAAAUUUUAUAGAAAAAUUGAAAAAAGUGCUUUAAAAUAUAUUUUGCCAAAUAUAAUAAAUUAAAGAAAAUGUCUUUAUUUUCAUCAUGUUAUCCUGACAAACCAAUGACGACGAUCCGCAAAAAGUUGGUCAUCGUUGGCGAUGGUGCCUGUGGUAAAACCUGCUUAUUGAUUGUCUUUAGCAAAGACCAAUUUCCCGAAGUUUAUGUACCCACUGUAUUUGAAAAUUAUGUGGCCGACAUUGAAGUAGAUGGCAAACAGGUUGAGCUGGCCUUAUGGGAUACAGCUGGUCAAGAGGAUUAUGACAGACUUCGACCACUCAGUUAUCCAGAUACAGAUGUUAUUUUAAUGUGUUUCUCAGUUGAUUCACCAGAUUCUUUAGAAAAUAUUCCUGAGAAAUGGACACCAGAGGUCAAGCACUUUUGUCCAAAUGUUCCCAUUAUUUUGGUGGGCAACAAAAAGGAUUUGAGAAAUGAUCCUAAUACAAUCCGGGAUCUUUCAAAAAUGAAACAGGAACCAGUCAAGCCGCAAGAGGGUCGCGCUAUGGCUGAAAAAAUUAAUGCCUUUGCUUAUUUGGAAUGUUCGGCCAAGUCCAAGGAGGGUGUUCGAGAAGUCUUCGAAACAGCUACUAGAGCUGCAUUGCAAGUUAAAAAGAGGAAGAGGACCAAAUGCCAUUUGCUCUAAAAGAGUUCAUUCAACAACAACAACUAUACAAACAAAAACAAAAAAAAACAACUACCAACAGCAACAACAACAACAAAAGAAAUUUACUUCUACUACAAAACAACAACAACAAAAUCUACACACAACAAAUAAUUAAACAGCACACGGAAAAAUUAUCAACAACAAAAAAAUCUAAAUAAUAAAAGAACAACAACAUCGUCAUCAACAUCAAGGAGAAAGAAUAUUUUUUUUAAAUAAUUUAAUUGCAAAAAAAAACGUGUUACUUUUUUUGUUUUUCUUUUAAUCAAACAAACCGCUAUUUACUACAUUUAUGUUCUCAUAAAUAUUUUAUGAUUCCAAAAUUUAGUUUUUUUGCUUUUAUUUUAACCAAAACAUUUAUUUUUUUACAAAACAACAACAGCAAGUAAAAUGGGGAGUUUUAAAGAAAAUUUAAACAUUUUUUAUUUAUUGUAGAGAAAGGUAAAGACAAAAAAACAAGACCAUAAAUUUACGCAUUCGUUAAAAUGUAUGAAAAAUGUGUUUGAAAACUACAUGUAAAAACAAAAUUCAUAAAAUAAGAAACUACACUACAUUUAUAUAUAAUAUAAACAACACAAAAUGGAAAUGCUUCGAAAGACCGUUUUUUCUCUUUUUUUAUUUAAAAUUUUGUCAUUUUACAGCAAACACACAAGUAGAUUUUGUAUAUUUUUUAUAAUAAAAAUAAACUUAAAUUUUAUUUUUAUUAACCACCUAUUUUAUACAAACAUUAUUACUUGUUCUGUGUCCUCGUCGUUGUAACUACUCCUUCGUAUGCGUAAAAAUUUAAAAUAAAAAACAAAAAAAAAAUAUUUUCGUAAUAAAAUAAAUACUACAUACAUAAAUACAUGCAAAAUAAAAUAAAUGUCUAACAUAACAUGUGUAAACGUUUCUCCAUUCAAAAAAUAAAAAAAUAAAAACAAAAAACCUACACAAAAAAUAACUGAUAUUUUUUUAAAAAUAACGUAUGAAAUGAAUAAAAAUUAAAUUAUAUACAUUUAAACCGCCAAUAUAUUUAAAAAAAAACAAAAACAAACAACUACAACAAUUACCACAAAUAAUGCAUUCAUAUUUUUUUCUUAAUAAAAUAAAUAAAAUAACAAGAAAUCUUAAGAAGUAAAACAAACAAAAAAAUCUAAAAAAAAAAUCACAAAAAUACAUUUUUUCUUAAAAAAAAACUUUGUAAAAAAAAUAUUAAUUAAAAAUUUCAUUAACACCUCCAACAAACAACUAUUUAUAUUUAAAGAACACUAUUUUACAACAAAACAAAUUAGCUUUUUUAUAAAUUUUAUUAUUUUAAAAAAAUUUAAAAAUUAUUGUGCUGUUUUACAUUUUUAGGUUUAUAUUAUUCAUCUUUUUGUGUGUCUUUUUUCAAAGCUAUUUUUUUUUGUUUUGUUUUUAUAUAAUUUUUCUUUUGUUUUUUAAUAUCAAAUAAUUACUUUGAGUUUUAUUUUUUUCUGUAUCAGUGUAAUAAAGUUGGUGUUUGUUUUAUUUAAUUUUUUUUUUUAAUUUAAAACAAAAAAUCAUUUCAAAAGUAUGAAAAAUCUUUAAAAAAAACAUUUUUUUUAUAUUAUGCUGUAUGCGUAAUAUUCCUUACAAUAAAAACAAAAAAUAUUUUACUAAUACAUACAUAUUAUAUAAUAAAAAAACAAACUAUAAAAAAAACCAUAAAAAAAUAAAAUAAAAAAAUAAAUAAAAAAACUUAAAA